AUGCAAUCCAAAUUCUUGUCCGUUCUUGCCUUGGUGGCCACCGCCCUUGCUGCUUCUGAUGUCGUCACCGUCACAGAAGAAAACACCACUCUUGCUACCAUCACCUCGUGUUCUGGUCACCCAAGCUGUGCUGCUGCUGCUACUACUUCUUCUGCUGCUCCGGUUUCUUCUGCCGUUGCUGCUAAAGCCGUCACCACCUCUGUGGUCACCACCACCGUCGACGGUGUUGAAACUGUCUACACCACUGUGUGCCCAUUGACUGAGACCUCUUCUACUCCAGCUGCUGUUGCUGCUGAAGUUUACCCAAGCUCUUCUGAAGCAGUUGAAUACGUCGAUAUCACCACUACUCCAACUGUCACUGCGUCUACCGGUGUUGAAGCUACUGUUACUGCUCAAUCAACUUUGUUGUCUACCUACUCUGCUUCCAACUCCUCUGUGGCUGCUGUUGCUGACUAUGAAGGUGGUGCCAACAAGGUUGUUGUUGGUGCUGCUGGUUUCGCUGGUUUGGCUGCUUUGUUGUUGUAA